AUGAAAGACCCUAGAGGUGCCGUGCGCCUGGUCGAAGUAGGUCCGCGGGACGGCCUGCAAAAUAUUCGGGACCACGUCCCUACGCCCCUGAAGAUCGAGCUGAUCCGACGCCUUCAUCGUACCGGUCUCCGCGCUAUCGAACUGACCUCCGUAGUGUCCCCGCGAGCGGUGCCGCAGUUGGCCGACUGUCGCGAUGUCCUUCGAAAUGAAGGGAUUCGCCACCUACAGGACCAAUCGCGCAUGCGUCUGCCGGUCUUAGUCCCCAACUUGAAGGGAUUAGAGGUGGCGAUCGAACAUGGGGUGCGCGAGGUGGCGGUGUUUGUCAGCGCCUCGGAGGGAUUCAGUAAGGCCAAUAUCAACUGUUCCGUGCGACAGGGGCUUGAAAGAGCGAGGGCAGUCACUAAGAAGGCUAGUCAACAUGGCAUCGUCGUCCGGGGUUAUGUGUCUUGUAUAUUCGCCGAUCCCUUCGAUGGACCAACCCCCCGGGCCGCCGUGUUUCGUUGCGUUAGGGAGUUGCUGGACAUGGGCUGCUACGAGGUCAGCCUGGGUGAUACGCUUGGGACCGGGGCCCCGGAUACCGUCCGUGGCCUUCUGACAUUUUUGGUUGAUAACAAUAUCCCCACCGAUCGGCUGGCCGGUCAUUUCCAUGACACCUAUGGGCGAGCCGUGGCCAACGCCUGGGAGGCCUACUGUUGCGGACUGCGCGUGUUUGACAGCAGUAUUGGUGGCCUAGGUGGUUGUCCCUUUGCACCGGGUGCAGAAGGGAAUGUCGCCAGCGAAGACUUGGUGUAUAUGUUCCAUUCCGAGGGUAUUCAGACCGGUGUUAAUAUAUUGCAUCUGCUGCGGACUGGCGUGUGGAUCUCACAAGCCCUGUCCCGGCCGUAUGCCACUAGGGCGGGAAGAGCUUUGGCCUUGAAGCAUAAGCUGAUGCCUUCUGCACAACCCACCACCGUGCAACCGGUCAUUCAUCCAACCACCAAGUGGUCCCCUAUUGGAAAGGGGGCUAAUUACUCUGACCGGUUAUUGGUCUAUCGCUCUGGUAGUAACUUGAAGGUUGUGUUAAAUCGACCGAAGAAAGGAAACGCCCUGAAGCCGAAGAUGGUGUCUGAUCUGGUCAAUCUGAUCGAGAAGUGCAACACCGAACCCUCUAUAUCACGGAUCAUCGUAUCUGCGAAAGGAAGGUCUUUUUGCAUGGGAGUGGACUCGGCCAUGGAGCCUGUCGAAGCCGAGAACCCACUCGACCAGCUGACACGGCUAUUCAAAGCCAUCGAGCAUUCUCCGAAAACCACGAUUGCCUGCAUCAACGGGCCUGCUUUUGGUGCCGGCGUCGGUCUAGCGCUCUCGUGUGACAUCCGACUAAGUGUAAAAUCGGCCACAUUCACUCUAGAUCAAGUUGGAUUGGGCGGGAGACCGGCUUCAUCGGUGCCAUCUGAUCAUCCGGUCACGGCAACAGAGUUGACAUCUUUAGGCGUGAUUGCAGAAGUUGCAGAUGGCGCCGAUGACCUACAGGACUGCUUGAAUAGGUUGCUUAUGCGGCUGCGGACAUCGCCAUCCACCGCGUCUCGCAUUUCCACGCGAUUGAUACGCCUGAUCUGGGCUCACGUCGGACGUGACAAUUUAGAUCCAGGAAAUGACUUUCUUCGAUCUGAGUCUGCGAAUGAAGUGGAGGUGGACCGGGCGGUGGCGGUUGGCUGUGCGCAGUAG